AUGUCCUUCGCUUAUGUGUGUGAUGCGGUCGUUAGGUUGAACGUAAUCUAUGAAGUCAUUUUAGGAGAGGUCUCAAACUUCGGCGCGCAUUUGCGACUUGUUUUUUUGAUGGAAAGAGGAUAUUGCGAUAAUGACAGCGGUAGAAAUGCUGCUGUAAACGAAUCUGUGCGUGAACGCUACGUGCCUCCGCAUCGACGUAAUCGUGACGGGGGCACUAGCGAUGCGCCGCGUCCACGCUACGACGAUAAUGAACGCUCGUAUGGUGAUGGAGGAGGCCGAAUGGGAGGAGGUGGUGGAGGAGGAUAUCGAGACGGAGGCAACCGUCGCGGUAACUAUGGUGGUGGAAGAGAGUCAUUCGAGAGAAUGCUCGUGGGGGUGAAGGUAACAACAUUUCUUCUGAAAGAAAAUGAUGAUCGUGACGGCGAAGCUCGAGGUGGCUUCGAUGACCGCGGCUACGGCGGCAGAAAUAGCGGACGAUUUUCGGAUCGUGGUUACGGCGGUGGCCAGCGUAAUGGUGGCGGUUAUGAUGGUGGUCGUGAUGACUAUCAGAAUUCUGGUGGCCGUGGCGGCUACAAUCAAAGAGGUUACGACUCACAACCGAUGCGCAGAGACAAUGGCGACCGCGAAGAGGCAAAAGGUCGGUGGGCAGGUCUACGUGACGAUGGAGUGCAAGCAAAGUGGGAGCAUCAACAACCACGUGAUGAACGCCUUGAAGCUGAGCUGUUCGCUGGUCAGCUAUCAGGAAUCAACUUCGACAAAUAUGAGGAAAUUCCUGUCGAAGCAACUGGAGAAGAUGUCCCACCGCCAAUUUCUCUUUUUGCUGAUCUGAAGCUUCAUCCAUGGAUUGAGGAGAAUAUCCAGAAAUCAGGCUAUAAUCGUCCGACUCCAGUGCAGAAAUAUUCGAUUCCAGCGCUGAAUAGCGGACGCGAUCUUAUGUCUUGUGCACAGACAGGUUCAGGAAAAACGGCUGCUUUCCUAGUGCCUGUUAUUAACGCCAUCCUUCAGGAUGGUCCUGGUGCGCAACACCCUCCAACAAUGUCACAUGGAGGUCGUAAGAAGCAGUACCCAUCAGCUCUGGUGCUUUCUCCGACAAGAGAAUUGUCUCUUCAGAUCUACAAUGAGGCGCGCAAGUUCAGUUACCGUACUCCGAUCACUUCGGCUCUACUUUACGGUGGAAGGGAGAACUAUAAAGAUCAAAUCAACAAACUUCGCCUGGGAUGCCACAUUUUGAUCGCCACACCAGGUCGACUAAUUGACGUGAUGGAUCAAGAAUACAUCGGUCUGAAAGGUUGUCGUUACCUCGUGCUUGAUGAAGCCGACCGCAUGUUGGAUAUGGGUUUCGAGCCGCAGAUCCGACAGAUUGUGGAUCUUUCUACUAUGCCUCGGAAAGGUGAUCGCGUAACAGCUAUGUUCUCCGCGACGUUCCCCAAAGAUAUUCAGGUGCUCGCACAAGAUUUCCUGAUGCCAAACUACGUAUUUCUUGCAGUUGGUAGGGUUGGUUCGACUUCGGAAAAUAUUAUGCAGAAGGUGGUUUGGGUCGAAGAGCAUGAGAAGCGGUCAUAUUUGAUGGACCUACUAGACGCAGGAGGCCAAAAUUCGCUGACACUAGUAUUUGUCGAAACAAAGCGAGGAGCUUCUGAUCUUUCAUAUUACUUAUCAAACAAUAAUUAUGAAGUGGUCGCUAUUCAUGGAGACUUGAAGCAGUUCGAAAGAGAGAAACACUUGGAUUCGUUCAGGUCUGGCGCUACUCCUAUACUGGUAGCUACGGCAGUUGCAGCUCGAGGGUUAGAUAUCCCUAAUGUGAAGCAUGUUAUCAACUACGAUCUACCUGCAGAAAUCGAUGAAUACGUCCAUCGUAUUGGACGCACAGGGCGUGUUGGAAAUAUAGGUCUUGCGACAUCGUUCUUCAACGAGAAGAAUCGCAACAUCGCUAGAGAUCUUAUGGACUUGAUCGUUGAAGCGAAUCAGGAGUUGCCAGAUUGGCUUGAGCGUGUCGCAGGCGAUGUGGCCCGAUUUGGAACUCGGAGCGGCGGAGGUCGUGGAGGUCGGGGAAGCGGUGGUCAGAAAUUCGGAGGCCGCGAUCAUCGUAUCCAGUAUAGCAGCAACCAAGGAGGUCAAGGUGGAGGCUUUGGGGGGCAGCAGUCCAGAGGCUUCCAGGGCAGUGGUGGUGGUUUUGGUGGCGCAGCACCGCGUCAAAGCAAUCGUGCUCCUCCAUCAGAGGACUGGUUUGGCAACUAG